GUUGAAGGCGGGCGGCGGGGCUGGGGGCCUCCUGGGGCGGUAGUGGCGCCGGCCGGGGGCAGCUGAGGCCUUCCGUGGCCGAAGCGAAGCCGCGCGACCUUUAGGCAAGAUGCUUGGGACGGGACCCACCGCUGCUGCCACAGCUGCCACCACGUCAAGCAAUGUGAGCGUCCUGCAGCAGUUUGCCAGCGGCCUCAAGAGCCGCAAUGAGGAGACCAGGGCCAAGGCUGCCAAGGAGCUCCAGCACUAUGUCACCCUGGAGCUUCGUGAGAUGAGUCAGGAGGAAUCGACUCGCUUCUAUGAUCAGCUCAACCAUCACAUCUUUGAACUGGUUUCCAGCUCAGAUGCCAACGAGAGGAAAGGUGGCAUUUUGGCCAUAGCCAGCCUCAUAGGAGUAGAAGGUGGGAAUUCCACCCGCAUUGGGAGAUUCGCCAACUACCUUCGAAACCUCCUCCCCUCCAAUGACCCAGUUGUUAUGGAGAUGGCUUCUAAAGCCAUCGGCCGCCUUGCCAUGGCUGGGGACACUUUUACCGCCGAGUACGUGGAGUUUGAGGUGAAGCGAGCUCUGGAGUGGCUGGGUGCUGACAGAAAUGAAGGCCGGAGACACGCCGCUGUCCUAGUUCUGCGGGAGCUGGCCAUCAGCGUGCCCACCUUCUUCUUCCAGCAAGUGCAGCCCUUCUUCGACAAUAUUUUUGUGGCCGUGUGGGACCCCAAGCAGGCCAUCCGAGAGGGAGCCGUAUCUGCCCUUCGUGCCUGCCUGAUCCUCACCACCCAGCGGGAGCCUAAAGAGAUGCAGAAGCCGCAGUGGUACAGGCACACAUUCGAAGAAGCAGAGAAGGGGUUUGAUGAGACCCUGGCCAAGGAGAAGGGCAUGAAUCGGGAUGAUCGGAUUCACGGAGCCCUGCUGAUCCUCAACGAGCUGGUCCGGAUCAGCAGCAUGGAGGGAGAGCGCCUGAGAGAAGAGAUGGAAGAAAUCACCCAGCAGCAGCUGGUCCAUGACAAGUACUGCAAAGACCUCAUGGGCUUUGGGACGAAACCUCGGCACAUCACGCCCUUCACCAGUUUCCAGGCAGUCCAGCCCCAGCAAUCCAAUGCCCUGGUGGGUCUGCUGGGGUAUAGCUCUCACCAGGGCCUCCUGGGGUUCGGAGCUUCCCCCAGCCCAGUCAAGUCCACCCUGGUGGAGAGCCGCUGUUGCAGAGACCUGAUGGAGGAAAAGUUUGAUCAGGUAUGCCAGUGGGUGUUAAAAUGCAGGAAUAGCAAGAAUUCACUGAUCCAAAUGACGAUCCUUAAUUUGCUGCCUCGUCUGGCCGCAUUCCGACCUUCUGCCUUCACAGAUACCCAGUACCUCCAAGACACUAUGAACCAUGUGCUAAGCUGUGUCAAGAAGGAAAAGGAACGAACAGCAGCCUUUCAAGCCCUGGGGUUGCUUUCCGUGGCGGUGAGGUCUGAGUUCAAGGUCUAUCUGCCUCGAGUGCUGGACAUCAUCCGCGCGGCCUUGCCUCCAAAGGACUUCGCGCACAAGAGACAGAAGGCCAUGCAGGUGGAUGCCACUGUGUUUACGUGCAUCAGCAUGUUGGCUCGAGCCAUGGGACCAGGCAUCCAGCAGGACAUCAAGGAGCUGCUGGAGCCCAUGCUGGCAGUGGGACUGAGCCCUGCCCUCACCGCUGUACUCUACGACCUGAGCCGCCAGAUCCCGCAGCUGAAGAAGGACAUCCAGGACGGGCUCCUGAAGAUGCUGUCCCUCGUCCUGAUGCACAAACCGCUCCGACACCCUGGCAUGCCCAAGGGCCUGGCCCAUCAGCUCGCCUCCCCUGGCCUCACCGCCCUCCCCGAGGCCAGUGACGUGGGCAGCAUCACUCUGGCCCUUCGAACCCUGGGCAGCUUUGAAUUUGAAGGCCACUCUCUGACCCAGUUUGUCCGCCACUGCGCGGACCAUUUCCUGAACAGCGAGCACAAGGAGAUUCGCAUGGAAGCUGCCCGCACCUGCUCGCGCCUCCUCACGCCCUCCGUGCACCUCAUCAGCGGCCAUGCCCACGUGGUCAGCCAAACUGCGGUGCAAGUGGUGGCAGAUGUGCUCAGCAAGCUGCUCGUGGUGGGGAUAACAGAUCCUGAUCCUGACAUCCGAUACUGUGUCUUGGCAUCCCUGGAUGAGCGCUUUGAUGCACACCUUGCCCAAGCUGAGAACUUGCAGGCCCUAUUUGUGGCUCUAAACGACCAGGUGUUUGAGAUCCGAGAGCUGGCUAUCUGCACGGUGGGCCGGCUCAGCAGCAUGAACCCUGCCUUCGUCAUGCCUUUUCUGCGCAAGAUGCUCAUCCAGAUUCUGACAGAGUUGGAGCACAGUGGCAUCGGAAGAAUCAAAGAGCAGAGCGCCCGCAUGCUAGGGCACCUGGUGUCUAAUGCCCCCCGACUCAUUCGACCUUACAUGGAGCCUAUUUUGAAGGCUUUAAUCUUAAAACUGAAAGAUCCAGACCCUGACCCAAACCCAGGGGUCAUCAACAAUGUCUUGGCUACAAUAGGGGAGUUGGCACAGGUUAGCGGCCUAGAAAUGAGGAAAUGGGUUGAUGAACUUUUUAUCAUCAUCAUGGACAUGCUCCAAGACUCUUCUCUUUUGGCUAAAAGACAGGUGGCUUUAUGGACCCUCGGACAGCUGGUGGCCAGCACGGGCUAUGUGGUGGAACCCUACAGAAAAUACCCUACUUUGCUGGAAGUGUUGCUGAAUUUUCUGAAAACUGAGCAGAACCAGGGUACACGGCGAGAGGCUAUCCGUGUUCUGGGUCUCUUGGGGGCCUUGGAUCCCUACAAGCACAAAGUGAACAUCGGCAUGAUCGACCAGUCCCGGGAUGCUUCAGCUGUCAGCCUGUCAGAGUCCAAGUCUAGUCAGGAUUCCUCGGACUACAGCACCAGUGAGAUGCUAGUCAACAUGGGCAACCUGCCCCUGGAUGAGUUCUACCCGGCCGUGUCCAUGGUGGCCCUGAUGCGUAUCUUCCGAGACCAGUCCCUGUCCCACCACCACACCAUGGUCGUCCAGGCCAUCACCUUUAUCUUCAAGUCCCUGGGACUCAAGUGUGUGCAGUUCCUGCCCCAGGUCAUGCCCACAUUCCUGAAUGUCAUUCGGGUGUGUGACGGGGCCAUCCGGGAAUUCCUGUUCCAGCAGCUGGGAAUGUUGGUGUCCUUUGUGAAGAGCCACAUCCGGCCUUACAUGGAUGAAAUCGUCACCCUUAUGAGAGAAUUCUGGGUCAUGAACACAUCGAUUCAGAGCACAAUCAUUCUUCUUAUUGAACAAAUUGUGGUUGCUCUUGGUGGCGAAUUUAAGCUUUACCUGCCCCAGCUGAUCCCCCACAUGCUGCGCGUCUUUAUGCAUGACAACAGCCCGGGUCGCAUCGUCUCCAUCAAGUUGUUGGCUGCAAUCCAGCUCUUUGGAGCCAACCUAGAUGACUACCUGCACUUGCUGUUGCCUCCUAUUGUGAAGCUGUUUGAUGCCCCUGAAGUCCCACUUCCCUCUCGAAAGGCAGCACUGGAGACUGUGGACCGCUUGACGGAAUCCUUGGACUUCACUGACUAUGCUUCCCGGAUCAUUCACCCCAUUGUUCGAACACUGGACCAGAGCCCAGAAUUGCGCCCCACAGCCAUGGACACGUUGUCUUCACUUGUGUUUCAGCUGGGAAAGAAGUACCAGAUUUUCAUUCCAAUGGUGAAUAAGGUUCUGGUGAGACACCGAAUCAACCACCAGCGCUACGACGUCCUCAUCUGCAGGAUUGUUAAGGGAUACACCCUUGCCGAUGAAGAGGAAGACCCUUUGAUUUAUCAGCAUCGAAUGCUGAGGAGUGGCCAAGGGGAUGCGUUGGCUAGUGGACCAGUAGAAACAGGACCUAUGAAAAAACUUCAUGUCAGCACCAUCAAUCUCCAAAAGGCCUGGGGAGCCGCCAGAAGGGUUUCCAAGGACGACUGGCUGGAGUGGCUGAGGCGGCUGAGCCUGGAGCUGCUGAAGGACUCCUCCUCCCCAUCUCUGCGCUCGUGCUGGGCCUUGGCACAAGCCUACAACCCCAUGGCCAGGGAUCUCUUCAAUGCUGCCUUUGUGUCCUGCUGGUCCGAACUGAAUGAAGACCAGCAGGACGAGCUCAUCAGAAGCAUCGAAUUGGCCCUCACCUCCCAGGACAUUGCUGAAGUCACACAGACCCUGUUAAACUUGGCUGAAUUCAUGGAGCACAGCGACAAGGGCCCCCUGCCGUUGAGAGAUGACAAUGGCAUUGUUCUGCUGGGCGAGAGGGCUGCCAAGUGCCGGGCAUAUGCCAAAGCACUGCACUACAAAGAGCUGGAGUUCCAGAAAGGGCCCACUCCUGCCAUCCUCGAGUCUCUCAUCAGCAUUAACAAUAAGCUACAGCAGCCAGAGGCAGCUGCCGGCGUGUUAGAAUAUGCCAUGAAACACUUUGGAGAGCUGGAGAUCCAGGCCACCUGGUACGAGAAGCUGCACGAGUGGGAGGAUGCCUUGGUGGCCUAUGACAAGAAGAUGGACACCAAUAAGGACGACCCGGAGCUGAUGCUGGGCCGCAUGCGCUGCCUCGAGGCCUUGGGGGAGUGGGGACAGCUCCACCAGCAGUGCUGCGAGAAGUGGACCCUGGUCAAUGACGAGACCCAGGCCAAGAUGGCCCGCAUGGCCGCUGCUGCUGCAUGGGGCUUAGGCCAGUGGGACAGCAUGGAGGAGUACACCUGCAUGAUCCCUCGGGAUACCCACGAUGGAGCGUUUUAUCGAGCUGUGCUGGCGCUUCACCAGGACCUCUUCUCCUUGGCACAGCAGUGCAUUGACAAAGCCAGGGAUCUGUUGGAUGCAGAGCUAACCGCCAUGGCAGGAGAGAGCUACAGUCGGGCCUAUGGGGCCAUGGUUUCCUGCCACAUGCUCUCCGAGUUGGAGGAGGUCAUCCAGUACAAGCUCGUCCCUGAGCGCCGAGAGAUAAUCCGCCAGAUCUGGUGGGAGAGACUGCAGGGCUGCCAGCGGAUCGUGGAGGACUGGCAGAAAAUCCUGAUGGUGCGCUCCCUCGUGGUCAGCCCUCACGAGGACAUGAGGACCUGGCUCAAGUAUGCCAGUCUGUGUGGCAAGAGUGGCCGGCUGGCGCUGGCUCAUAAAACUCUGGUGCUGCUCCUGGGAGUCGACCCAUCUCGACAGCUCGACCAUCCCCUACCGACAGUUCACCCCCAAGUGACCUAUGCCUACAUGAAGAACAUGUGGAAGAGCGCUCGCAAGAUCGAUGCCUUCCAGCACAUGCAGCACUUCGUGCAGACGAUGCAGCAGCAGGCACAACACGCCAUCGCCUCUGACGACCAGCAGCACAAACAGGAGCUGCACAAGCUCAUGGCUCGCUGCUUCCUGAAGCUCGGAGAGUGGCAGCUGAACCUGCAGGGCAUCAACGAGAGCACCAUCCCCAAAGUACUGCAGUACUACAGCGCCGCCACGGAGCACGACCGCAGCUGGUACAAGGCCUGGCAUGCGUGGGCAGUGAUGAACUUUGAAGCCGUGCUACACUACAAACAUCAGAACCAAGCUCGUGACGAGAAGAAGAAGCUGCGUCACGCCAGCGGGGCCAACAUCACCAAUGCCGCCACCGCAGCCACCACAGCUGCCACGGCCACUGCCACGGCCACCAGCACCGAGGGCAGCAACAGUGAGAGCGAGGCUGAGAGCACUGAGAACAGCCCCACGCCCUCCCCUCUGCAGAAGAAGGUCACCGAGGACUUGUCUAAGACCCUCUUGAUGUACACAGUUCCUGCUGUCCAGGGCUUCUUCCGCUCUAUCUCUUUGUCACGAGGCAACAACCUCCAGGACACGCUCAGAGUCCUCACCUUAUGGUUCGAUUAUGGUCACUGGCCAGAUGUCAAUGAAGCCUUGGUGGAAGGGGUCAAAGCCAUCCAGAUUGACACUUGGUUACAGGUUAUUCCGCAGCUCAUUGCCAGAAUUGAUACGCCCAGACCCUUGGUGGGGCGCCUCAUCCACCAGCUUCUCACGGACAUCGGCCGCUACCACCCUCAGGCCCUCAUCUACCCCCUGACUGUGGCUUCCAAGUCUACCACCACAGCCCGUCACAAUGCAGCCAACAAGAUCCUGAAGAACAUGUGUGAGCACAGUAACACUCUGGUCCAGCAGGCCAUGAUGGUAAGUGAGGAGCUGAUCCGAGUGGCCAUCCUCUGGCAUGAGAUGUGGCAUGAAGGCCUGGAAGAAGCUUCACGUUUGUACUUUGGGGAAAGGAAUGUGAAAGGCAUGUUUGAGGUGCUGGAACCCCUGCACGCCAUGAUGGAACGAGGACCUCAGACUCUCAAGGAAACAUCCUUCAAUCAGGCAUAUGGUCGAGACUUAAUGGAAGCCCAAGAGUGGUGCCGGAAGUACAUGAAGUCUGGGAACGUCAAGGACCUCACUCAGGCCUGGGACCUCUACUACCACGUGUUCCGGCGGAUCUCCAAGCAGCUGCCCCAGCUCACCUCCUUAGAGCUGCAGUAUGUCUCCCCAAAACUGCUGAUGUGCCGGGACCUUGAAUUGGCUGUGCCAGGAACCUAUGACCCCAACCAGCCCAUCAUUCGCAUUCAGUCCAUAGCACCGUCUCUGCAAGUCAUCACAUCCAAGCAGAGGCCCCGGAAGUUGACACUUAUGGGCAGCAAUGGGCACGAGUUUGUUUUCCUCCUGAAGGGCCACGAGGACCUGCGGCAGGAUGAGCGGGUGAUGCAGCUCUUCGGCUUGGUCAACACACUUCUGGCCAAUGACCCGACAUCUCUGCGGAAAAACCUCAGCAUCCAAAGAUACGCCGUCAUCCCAUUAUCCACCAACUCGGGCCUCAUCGGCUGGGUGCCCCAUUGUGACACACUGCACGCCCUCAUUCGAGACUACCGGGAGAAGAAGAAGAUCCUCCUCAACAUUGAGCAUCGGAUCAUGCUACGGAUGGCUCCCGACUACGACCACCUGACUUUGAUGCAGAAGGUGGAGGUGUUUGAGCACGCUGUCAACAACACAGCCGGGGAUGACCUGGCCAAGCUCCUGUGGCUGAAGAGCCCCAGCUCUGAGGUGUGGUUUGACCGAAGAACUAAUUACACCCGGUCUUUAGCAGUCAUGUCCAUGGUUGGGUAUAUUUUGGGCCUGGGAGAUAGACACCCAUCCAACUUGAUGCUGGACCGGUUGAGCGGGAAGAUCCUGCAUAUUGACUUCGGGGACUGCUUUGAGGUCGCAAUGACCAGGGAGAAAUUCCCAGAGAAGAUUCCAUUUAGAUUAACAAGAAUGUUGACCAAUGCUAUGGAGGUUACUGGUUUGGACGGCAACUACAGAAUCACUUGCCACACGGUGAUGGAGGUGCUUCGGGAACACAAGGACAGUGUCAUGGCUGUGCUGGAAGCCUUUGUCUAUGACCCCUUGCUGAACUGGAGGCUGAUGGACACAAAUACCAAAGGCAACAAGCGUUCCCGAACGAGGACAGAUUCCUACUCUGCUGGCCAGUCAGUAGAAAUUUUGGAUGGUGUGGACCUUGGGGAACCAGCCCAUAAGAAAACAGGGACCACAGUUCCAGAAUCUAUUCAUUCUUUCAUUGGAGACGGUUUGGUGAAACCAGAGGCCCUAAAUAAGAAAGCUAUUCAGAUUAUUAACAGGGUUCGAGACAAGCUUACUGGUCGCGACUUUUCUCACGAUGAAACAUUAGAUGUCCCAACACAAGUUGAGUUGCUCAUCAAACAAGCGACAUCCCAUGAAAACCUGUGCCAGUGCUACAUUGGAUGGUGUCCUUUCUGGUAACUGUGCCCAGGGGAUUUCUCUGGAGCUUCUGAACUUUGGUAUCUGCUUCCUACGAACUGAAUGUUGAACAUUCUAAAAUGUAAAUGAAAAGAACUACUGUAUAUGGAAAGUUGGUUUGAACCAACCUUCUAGCUGCUGUUGAAGAAUAUAUUGUUACAGAAACACAAGGCUUGAUCUGGUUCCCAGGACAGACACUGCAUAAAUCAAGCCGUUGCUUUGGGGGACAGAAGAUCCACACCUUUAGAAAUACGGGUUUUCACUCAACUCCCACGAGCGGUCAGCCUGCGUGUUUGUGGACAGAGUGAAUGGCUGCUCCUUCUCUCCGUGGCCCCAGCAAACAGCGCAGCCAGGAAGCCCUGGGCUGUAGGACGCACGGCAGGACUCUGGAGCAAAGACUGGGGGAGAAGCAGUUUGGUCCUUUUCAUCCGUCCCAUUACCUCACCGGUCCCCGGACAGCAGCAGCUACAUCUGCACGCUGGGCCACACCGGGUGAACACUGCCGGCCUGCUGCCGCCCGCCCAUGGUGCUGCGGCUUCAGUGCUUGAAGCCCUGGGCCACGGUGGGGAGGCCCCUCCCGAUUCCCAGGUGGCCUCAACUGAGCCAAAGCACAGGGGAAUCAGGGAGCAGCAGGGGGCCCUGGCCUUCCCAUGAUGGUGGGCCUGCAGUGUUUAGCACUUAGUAAACAGAAAAGCUGUUGUGGAGGUGCUGACAUGGCGGGGUUGACCAGUAGAGUCACCACUCAGCCGAGCGCACAGAGGCAAAAUGCGGCCAUGUCGAGACCCAUAUGCUGUAUCGGAAUCAUUUUUGUGCCAAUAAAUGACAUCAGAAUUUUAAAAACAGGAAAGAA